UCGCGUGCCUCCUCUCCCUCUCCGCAUGAGAACCUUUUUACCGAGGGAACACAACGUUCCCCCUCUCCCUUGCGUUCCUAGGUUUUUCCUUUUUUUUCCCUCUCUCUCUCUCCCUCGCGGCUCCCCCCUCUCUCUCUCUCUCCCUCGCGUCUCCCCUCUCUCUCGGGCGUCGUACUCUCGAGCACGCAGGUUGCACUCUUCCGCUCCGCCCUCUUUUAACUCGCCUGCAGCAGUCUUCUGCAGUUCGCCAUCCCCCUCCCAGUUUAUCACACGGAGCAUUUGAUUGUGCAUAAAGCGGAAAAAUGGCUGUGCAUGAUGAAGAUGAUUUGGACUUCAAGAAAUAUCUGCGUGGAGAUAAUACCAAGUUGCAGGCAAUUAAAGAUAAAAAGCUUAGAGGUCAAUUGUCUGCUAGAGAACAGCUAUAUGGAAAAUCUGCAACAGUUGCUGCUAAAGUUGACAAGUGGUUGAUGCCAAGUGAAGGUGGCUAUUUGGAGGCUGAAGGUUUGGAGAAAACUUGGAAUAUUAAACAGGAUGCUAUAGUUCGUGAAGUUGAUCUUUUGAGCUCGAGGAAGGCAUUUGAUAUUGUCCUACCAGACUUUGGACCGUACACACUGGAUUAUUCCUUGAAUGGUCGCCACAUGGUGUUUGCAGGACGGAAAGGACACUUAGCAAUAAUUGAGACAAGAACCAUGCACCUGAAGAAAGAAUUUCAGGUUCGUGAGACAGUUCGUGAUGUGGCAUUUUCACCUGUUAUGAAUACUUUUGCAACAGCUCAAAAGAAGUAUGCUUAUAUAUAUGACAUGAAAGGAACAGAAUUUCACUGUCUUAAGGAGCGUGUGUCACCACUGAAGGUUCAAUUCUUGACAAAUCACCUGAUCCUUGCAUCAAUAAACAAAUUUGGACAGCUCCAUUUUCAAGAUAUUAGUACUGGUGAAAUGGUGGGCCAUCAUAGGACAGGCCUUGGACAUUGUGACGUGAUGAAGGUAAAUCCCUUCAAUUCUGUCAUAGGCUUGGGUCACACAUGCGGGAAAGUCACAAUGUGGAACCCCAACAAUGGCACUCCUCUGGUGAAAAUGUUGUGUCAUCAUGGUCCUGUUUCAUCAAUAGCCUUUCACAGAGGAGGACAUCUCAUGGCAACAGCAGGCGUGGAUAGGAAAAUUAAAUUGUGGGACCUUAGAAAGUUUGAAGUUUUACGUACAUAUUCAGGGCAUGCAAAAACAAUGGACUUCAGUCAGAAAGGUCUCCUAGCCCUAGCAGGUGGGUCCUUGGUGCAAGUAUGGAGAGAUGAAGCAGGCAAUCAAGAUUAUAGAUUUUACAUGAAACACAGAAUGGUGAAAGGUUUUCAAGUAGGGGAUCUACUAUUCCAGCCAUAUGAAGAUGUUCUUGGGCUAGGGCAUUCUAUGGGCAUCUCCUCUAUUCUUGUUCCAGGAUCUGGUGAGCCGAAUUUUGAUACAUUUGUUGCAAACCCAUUUGAAACUACUCGGCAACAGAGGGAGAGGGAGGUGCAUCAACUGCUGGACAAACUGCAACCAGAAAUGAUUAUGUUGAACCCAACAAAAAUAGGUUCUGUCAAAAGAAAAAGAAAAGGGAGCGAUAAUGGCUUCAAUAAGCAGGAACUGGAAGCUGAAAUGGCUGAAGCUGUUGCCGAUGCUAAGAGCAUGCGAAGGAGCAAAAAAACCAAAGGAAGAAGUAAACCAAGCAAAGUAGAGAAGAAGAAAAAAGAAGCAAUUAGCGAAGCGAAGAGACCUUUCUUGGAGAAGCAAAUUGAGGAGGAGCGUUCCAAGAAACAGAAGAUUGAGAAAAAGCAAAUGGAUUUGCCGGUGGCACUUCAAAGAUUUGUGCGUAAAUGAGAUGCAACCAAGUUGGAGUUUGAUCUUGAUUCUUAAACCUGAGUUCCCUCUGCAGGGGAGGCUAAAUUCUGAGUUCAGCCUCCUUUUUCUUGUGGAGAUAAACGUGGCCGUGCAUGGGGAGGUCAAGUCCAGGCACUGCUUCUCUGGCAACCUAGUCAAACAUGUGCUUGGGCCUUGGUGUUCCCCGGCAUGAAGUCUCACAUUUUUUUGGCUCGAGAUAAAAAUUCUCACGAAAUCUUCUUUGUUCUUAAAUUUUAUUAUUUUCUUCUCUUGAAUGUUGUACCCAUAGAUCUUACGAGUCUAGAGUUUACGGUUCUAAGAAACUUGGCCUUUAAGCCAAGAGCUUGUUCUGUUUUUCAAGCAUAUUAUUAAUGCAUGAAGUCUCUUUCCCUAGAUCAAAA